AUCUAUUCAAAUUUCAGUCAAAUAAAAAACUACUAUCAUUAAAUUCAAAAAUGACUCAAAUCACAGAGUUACCUUAUCAAACAGAAAAACGCCUUCAUUUUCAUGAGAUGGACGAUUCUCAAGAUACAAAACAAGACCUAAUAAAAAAUGAUACAAGCAUUAUUCCAAAUGGUUUACAAAGAAUUCGAGAAGACAGAUCAAAUUUAAACGAUCAAAAUGUGACCAUUCAACAUAUCAAUCUUCGUCGAUUUUCGACGGAUUCAUUACACAGUUUUAGUUUCGUUACAAAUAAAGGUUCAAUGUAUGAAAAUAGACAAAAUAUUCUUCGAAAAUCUAUCGAUUUCAUGAAAAAUAAAAUAAAAGGAUGGAAAAUACCUGCUGUACUUUCAUUAGUUGAUUCUUCUCCUUCUCAAUCAACUGAUAUUGUACUUCCUUCCGAAUUAACUGAUGAUAAUGAAUCAGGUCAACAUCGAACAUUGGACCACAUUACAACAUUAUACAAUACAAGUUUACACUCUCCUACUAGAUUCACUCCUCAAAACAAAGCAAUCAUUACGACCGAUAAUCAAAGUAAUAUUUUAUGUGCAAAUGAUAUUGCUUGUUUGAUUUUUGGAUAUCCGAAAGAUGAAUUAUUUAGUAUUAAAGCGUUGGAUUUGGUCGCCAGUCCUUUUCGUGAAAAACAGGAAAAAAUCCUUGCCUCUAGACCUCAAAAUGAUGAAGAUAAUUGUGAAGUUGUGUUGGCUUGUGGUAAAGUGAUACCAAUAAAAAGAAAAAAUGAAGAAACAUCAGCUGCUUCAUUAUGGUUAAAAGUUAAAAAGGAUGAAUUUGGAAAUACUAUUUUUAUCUGGAUUUUCGAAGAGAUCACUGAAACAAUGAUGACCACAGAAAUUGAUAACAAGGGUAUAAUAAGAAAAGCUUCGGGAGAUGUUAAGGCUUUGUACGGUUAUUCACCUGAAGAACUUAUUGGAAUGUGUAUUACAGUACUAAUUCCAUCACUCGAGACAAUAACUACAUCUAACAAUGACAACGGAAACGAUGAUAUGGAAAUUGAUAAAAGAGUUGAAUCAAAUUCAUCAUCAAAAUUAGAUAUCGACAAGAUAGAUAAAACGAAAUUUUAUGGUAGUAAAUCAAAGAAUGGUGGUAAUUUUCCAAUAAUUGGUAAAAUAUCCUUACAAACGAUUCAAGAAGAUUCGCGUGACGAUCAGACCUAUUACCGAUUAAAAAUAAUAUCCAUUCCUACCAUUGCUGGUGUUAUAACUACAUUCAAGACCGGAAUUAUUCAAUCUUGUAAUACCGAAUUUGUUAAAUACUUAUUUGGUGUUGGUGCUCAUGAAUUGAUAGGAAAGCGUCAUAUCGAAUCUCUUCUACCACAAUUUCCUAAACUUAUUGAAUAUUUGGCUUCAGAAAGAGCUCUUGUAGAAGGAAUUGUAAUUAGUGAAAAUGCUUUCCGUAGAGCUACAGCAUACAUUUCAAAUCUUUUCAUUUACACUCAUGGUCAUAGUAAAGAUUUUUCAAAUGUUAGUAUAUCAGGGCAAGGUCCCUCCGGUAUAAUUGCCGUACAUCGUGAUGGUACAGAAUUUGAUGUAGAUAUUCAAAUGAGAGUUGUAGAAUCCCCAGAUGAACCAUUACAUGCAUUAUGGAUUACUUAUGAUCGUAAUGUAAAUUUCGGAAAAGAGCAAUCAUUUGAUACUUAUGGUGGUAUAACUCCAAUUUAUGAGAGACAAGAAGAAAUUCUUGGUCAAUCUAAGCAAGAAGAUAAAAAUGAGGAAGAAGAAGAAGAAAAGUUUACUCGAUCAAAAUUUAUUGCAGCCGGUGGAAAACCUCCAUCUCCUGAUAAUAGACGAAUAUCAUCACCACCUUCAAUUUUACCUGUACCUGAAUCUUUCGACCCUUCGUCAUAUUCAGCAUUAACUUUUGCGAAGACUAUUAAUGAUUUUGUAAUUUUGGAAAAUAUGGGUUCAGGAGCUUAUGGUCAAGUAAAUUUAGCAUAUAACAAAAAUGAUCCUGAAAAGAAAAAGGUUGUAAUUAAGUUUGUUGACAAAUCAAGAAUUUUAAUGGAUUGUUGGACUCGUGAUAAGACACUCGGUACUAUCCCAUUAGAAAUUCACAUUCUUCACACUUUAAGACGUAUACCACAUCCAAAUAUUGUUCAAAUGGUUGAUUACUUUGAAGAUGAUGAUUGUUAUUACAUUGAAAUGGGAUUGCAUGGUGGAGGUAUGGAUCUUUUCGAUUAUAUUGAAUUGAAUACUACCAUGCCUGAAGCAGAAAUCAAGUCAAUUUUUCGUCAAGUUGCACGAGCAAUUCAGCAUUUGCAUCAUAAUAAGAUUGUACACCGUGACAUUAAAGAUGAAAACGUGAUACUUGAUGAAGAUGGAAAUGUUCAAUUAAUUGAUUUUGGAUCUAGCGCAUAUAUUAAAAAUAAUAGAAAAUUUGAUACUUUCUGUGGGACUAUAGACUACGCUGCACCUGAGGUCUUAACGGGUAAAAAGUAUGAAGGUCCACCUCAAGAUAUUUGGGCAUUAGGAAUUUUAUUAUACACCCUUAUUUACAAAGAAAAUCCUUUCUACAAUAUCGAUGAGAUAAUUGCAAGAGAUUUGAGAAUCCCAUAUAUAUUAUCAGAAGGAUCGAUUGACCUAGUUAAGCGUAUGCUUGAUCGUGAUGUAGAAAAACGUCCGACCAUAGACGAUGUUUUGAAUCAUCCUUGGUUGAGAGAGGAUUAAAAAACAAUAUAAGGAUCAACUUAAAAACAUUUGCUCAUUAUAAUGUUUAUUUUUGUUACACGUGUAAUUUUUUCUUGCAAGUUUAUUAUAACGGAUACAAAAGAUUAUAAAACAUUUAUACAAUUUUUUUUUUUUAAUUUGCUUUUGAUUUAUGAGUAAAUGUUAACAUUAGAACUUAUUU